AUGUUGAAGAAGUCCGGUAUCCUGCUGCCAUACGGCAACUUCCAUUGCCUCUAUCGCUCACGACCAACAUCGAAGACGUCACUGCAGCAUCGCUCGGGUCCACCCCAACAACAAAUCCGGCACUAUCCUAUAGUCUCUGAUGGUCCUGUCAGGCAUCAUCAUGGGAACCUCAGAUGGCCAGAGGUGACAUCUGCAAACACCAUUCCAUCACCCUACCAGAUCUUCAACCAGAAGAAAGGUUCCCCAUACUCGAAACUGCGAUUCUACGAGCUAGUGAAGCUAUAUCACCCGGAUCGACAAUUUGACAGCUUAGACGACGGUGUAUCAGAGGACACGAAGCUAGAGAGGUACAGGCUAGUUGUUGCUGCCAACAAUAUCCUGUCGGAUCCGGUCAAACGGGGUGCCUAUGAUUUAUAUGGAGCAGGGUGGAAUGGGCAGCCAGAUGUCGAUCGGGAUCGUUCGGAAGGAGCAAGAGGAUGGGGUAAUUCGCCAAUGGGGCCAAGUCAAUGUGCUACUUGGGAAGAUUGGGAGAAAUGGUAUCAGCGAGAGGCUGAAGGGCCUCAAGAACCAAGAUUCGUGUCAAACGGCGCCUUUGCUGGCUUGAUCGUCAUAUUCGCAGUCUUGGGAGGAAUCGGCCAGGCUACUCGGGUUGGGAACUAUGCUAUAGACCUCCUAGAGCAGAGCGAUGCUCAGCAUAAUAGGGCUUCAAAAGACCUGAUGCGUCGCCGACGAGAAGCGAACUCAUUUGGGAAUCGAGAAGAAAGGAUACACACUUUUCUGAGGCAGAGGGAUCCGGUGGGAUAUGGUGUUACGGACCCGCGAGAUGAGAGCUACCGGAAAUUACUACCGGCUCCAGAGGUUUGCUCCAGUGAGAAUAUCAAGGGUCGUCCUAUGGACAUCUACCAGCAAAAGAACAAUCCUAAAGGUUGA